UGUUGACAUCUUCUCAGCUGACAGUCUCUGUUGUUCUCGUCUCUCGAAAAGACAUGAAGAAGCUUUUCGAUGACAUCAAGAAGGACAUCAAAUUUAAAUCGGCGGGCCCUGGGAAGAAGCUAACGGAAGACAGCAGAAGUGCGCCCGAGAGAGGGCAGAGAAGCUCUGGCAGCAAGCAGCAGCACCGCGAUGCUCCCAGCGAAGGAUCUCAACGGGCGGGAGCGGCGGCGCUGGCCAGGGUUGAACAGAAUCAGCGCCCGAAGGUCCACACCUCACAGGACGCCAUCAGGAACCAGGUGAAACGAGAGCUGGAGGCCGAGGCUGCUGCGCUGGCUGGAAAAGACAAGGCGGCGACUGCAGAGGGAACCGACGUCGCCGCGAAAGAGUGUCUCUCGGUGUCCGGCGUUUAUUUCACCUGCCCGCUGACAGGCGCCACCCUAACCAAAAGCCAGCGGGACGUCCACAUCAAGGAGGCCAUUUUGAUGCGUUUUGAGGAGGAUGACGUGGAGGCGUCCGUCAUGAUGAUGUACACGUUUAACAAAGACAAAGAGAAGGUGAAGGCGGCCGUGGAUAUCAUAAGCAAGUACGUAGAAAAUAUUUGUAAGAAUCCUUCAGAGGAGAAAUACAGGAAGCUUAAACUCAGCAACAAAGUCUUUCAGGAUAAAGUGCGUUGUGUGGAGGGCAGUAGAGAGUUCCUGCAGGCCCUGGGCUUCGUAAGCACGAUGCUUCCUGUCGAAGGUCAAGAGGAGGACGAGGAGUUCCUGGUGUUGCCCGAGCAGAGUCCCGACGCGCUGGAGCUGAUGAAGGAGCGGCGGGACCGCCUGCAGCGCGGCGAGCCCGUCCGAGCGCGGCUGGACCGGCAAGCUCAGGCCUUCCGGCCGUCGGACGACGCCACUCGCUUCGAGCUGCCGCCGGAUUUCUACAAUCUGAGCGCGGAGGAGCUCAAGAAGGAGCAGCAGCAGAGGAGUGACUUGGUGGAGAAGAACGCCAUGCUUCGUACUAAAGCCAUGAGGGAGCGAGAUGAGCAAAGGGAGAGGAGGAAGUACAACUACACUUUGCUCCGCAUUCGGCUUCCUGAUGGAAACUUGCUCCAGGGGACGUUCUACGCCUGGGACCGACUCCCUGUGCUGUUCGGCUUCGUGCGAGACUCCCUGGUGGACGGCUGGCAGCCCUUCGAGCUCAUCGCUCCCGGCGGUCACAAGUUGCAAGAGUCCGACGAGGUGGCGCUGGCAGAGUGUAACCUGGUGCCUGCAGCUCUUCUGUCUUUCGCCUGGGACGCCGCCGUGCAAGCGGAUAUUGUGGCAGCGGGCAGUAAAAAUUCGACCCUCCUCAAACCGGAGCUGCUGGAGACCAUUCCCAAUCUGAGCUGAAAGUCGAGAAACUGAAAGCGUCCCUCGCCGAACCGACCAGUCACGCGCGCUCGUAUCUUUUACCGUGGUUGCUCAUCGUCUAACAAAUGCUAACGUUUGCUCAUGACACCCAAAAGACUGAAGUGAAGUAUGAAGACAUGCGAGUCGGGAUGCGUUGAACGUACAAAAUCUGCAGGGUCUGUUGCUCCUUUCACAUGACAAAGACAGGUGGCAUCCCGUCGCGAGAUGAGAUGGCGCCACCGUCUGGUGUGAUAAAUAUUUUUAAAACUUGUUCUACACAGCAGUUGCUUUCAACACAACAGUGGGUGGUAUGGUGGACUAGUGGUUAGCAAGGUUUCCUCACAGUUUGUAGGUUCUGGGUUUGAAUCUCCGCUACACCUGUGUUUGCUUUAUUUAACUUUAAAUUCUCCAUUGGCGUAACGGUGAAUACAGUGGUUGUCUGUCCCCCGCAAUUGACCGGCAAGCAGUUCCUGCAACCGGAAUGAGCACCAGUGUGAAAAAAAUGGAUGGAUGGCACCACUGCAGCUUUUUACACAGCCUGUAAGUUGCCAUCUGUCCACAAUUUGACGUCACUUGGACGUUUUAAACAGCACUAAAACAGAAUGGGAGUACAAAGUCGACCUGGUGGUACAAUAAUCCCCUCAAAUAGGGGCCGAACCCUGCUGCCAAUUGUGAAAAAAAAGCCCACAAGCAAAGCACUUAUCUGUCGUGUUGGAAUCAACUUUCGCGGUCACAACAGGCAGCAUCUAAUUAAAGGACUGCGACAUGCGAUGCCAAGACACAAAAUUAAAAGGGCAAGCCGGAUAAAUGCCGUCUGUCGUGGCUUUUGUACACACAUUUUUGACAUCUUGUGAAAGAAGCUUCUGACACUACCUCUGAAGGAUACGGAAUUUAUGGGUUGGAUCUUAUCUUUCCAUUUAAGCACAUUUCACAGUAAUUAAAACCUCCACAGGGCCGCAUGACAAAAAAUGUAAAAAAAAAAAAAAAAAAAAGGCCGGGUGAGUUGUAUUUGUUUGUAUCAAACAUCUACGAGAGGAUGUCGUGCAAAAUCAGAAACAGCAAUGCCAUCCCUCAGUCUGUAAUGCUUCAGUAUUUAUUUAGAUCUCAUCUUCCCGCUGAGACAUAAUUCCGUUAUUUUGCUACUGUUUUUUUUUUGUACAUGGACCUGUUAUCACUCCAGCGGAGGGUGACUUAAUGCACAUUGUCAUUUUGACUUUAAUCUGUUGUUUCUUCCAUCUUGCGGCGGACGAAGGUGAUGACAAACUACCUCGGAUAGCUUGUCUUUUAUCAAACUGUAAUGCAGAGCUAGAGAGUUACGGGGUUGUGUCGUUAUCACCUAAAUCAAAUUCAACUAUUAUGUCCCCGCAUUUCACUGUGCUCUCCACGUGUUCUGCGGUUUUCAAAAUGAGUGACCAGUUUAUGUCAACCUGUUUUUCCUGUAAUAAAGGCUGCUUGCAUUACA